UCAAUCAUGUGCGGUGGGCGUGGCCUAGCCGCCGAACUGCGGAAACAGACGGGUUAAUGCCUGGAAGCGACCAGCGGCUCGCCCAGCGGAGCAGAGCCCGGAGCUGCAGCGGUGUCCGGCCGAUCAGAGGGCGUGAUGGACAAAGCGGGGACCAGAGUCUUUAAGAAGUCCAGCCCCAACAGUAAGCUCACAGUUUAUUUGGGGAAGAGAGAUUUUGUUGAUCACUUGGACUAUGUGGAUCCAGUAGACGGAGUGCUUAUCGUGGACCCAGAGUAUCUGAAGGAUCGCAAAGUGUUUGUGCGCCUGACCUGUGCGUUCCGUUACGGUCGGGAGGACCUUGAUGUCUUGGGCCUUUCCUUCAGGAAGGAUCUCUAUGUGAGCACCUUCCAGGUUUUCCCUCCCGUGCAGGAGGAGCAGAAGCCCCUGAGCCGCCUGCAGGGGAGGCUCAUGAAGAAGCUUGGCCAGCAUGCCCUCCCCUUCACCUUCACUGUCCCCCAGCACCUGCCCUGCUCCGUGACCCUGCAGCCAGGCCCAGAGGACUCUGGGAAGGCGUGUGGCGUGGACUUCGAACUCCAGGCCUUCUGCGGAAAGACUGUUGACGAGAAGAUUCACCACAGGAACUCUUUGAGCCUGGUGAUCCGUAAAGUUCAGUACGCCCCGGAGAAGCCGGGCGCGCAGCCCACGGCGGAGACCAGGCGUAACUUCCUCAUGUCGGACAGAUCUCUGCACUUGGAGGCGUCGCUGGACAAAGAGCUGUACUACCACGGCGAACCCAUCAGCGUAAACGUCCAAGUCACCAACAACUCCACCAAAACCGUGAAGAAGGUCAAGAUUUCUGUUCGCCAGUACGCUGAUAUCUGUCUGUUCUCCACUGCCCAGUACAAGUGUCCAGUGGCCCAGGUGGAAGCAGAUGACCAGGUGUCCCCGAGUUCCACCUCCUGCCACGUGUACACCCUGACCCCCAUACUGGGUACCAACCGUGCAAAGAGAGGCCUGGCCCUGGAUGGGAAGCUUAAGCAUGAAGACACCAACCUGGCCUCCAGCACAAUUGUAAAGGAAGGCACCACCAAAGAGAUGAUGGGUAUCGUGGUCUCUUACAAAGUUAAAGUCAGACUGGUGGUUUCCCUUGGAGGGGAUGUAGCAGUGGAACUUCCUUUUGUCCUAAUGCACCCAAAACCAAUUGAGCAGCCCAAGUCCCAGCCAGUUGUUGCUCCUAAGUCCGACGCUUCAGUGGAUACAAACCUCAUAGAAUUUGACAUGAGUACUUCAUCUCAGUUGGACGACUUUGUGUUUGAGGAUUUCGCUCGGCUGCGGUUAACUGGGGAGAAAGGUGACAAAGACGGAGGUGACCUCUUGGGCUAGCUCCACUAGCUUCUCUUAGCCAGAGAGGCGACAAGGCUGCUAGUCUGAUACGUUACUGGAAGCCAGGCCUCUGCUGACUCUAACUUUAAAGAUGAGUCUUCACAGAUCUUUAAACUGUUACAUUCAUCAUGUAUUCUUCAUACUCCUAUACAGUAUGUACCUCAUGUUAUGUAAAGCAGUGUAUUAUUUUGAUAAACUAUCAAAUAUCAGUAUGUCAAAUUAUGAAUACAAGCUGUAUUUUUAUUAUAAACAAAGGAGAUAAUCUGAUCAUCAGACAGGAGCUUUAGGAAGCACCUACAGUAGCUAAUCCUGUUCAGAGCAAUUUCAGAAGAUCUUUUAUUUUUUUCUACUGUAUGAAGAUUUGUUCAUCUGUUCUUUAUGAUGACAUACAUUAUAUUGUUCUCAACAUAUCAGGGAUAUAACAACUGUAGUUAUUUUGCUAUUCUUACAAUAAUUUUUAUAUAACAUAUUAUAAUGUGGAUCAUUGCAUUGUAUUAGUGUUGAUGUGUGUUAAAGUGCCUUUAAUUGUGUGAAGCCAGAACGCAGCUCUUCCAUGAUGUAUGAAUAGCUUGCCCUGCCACUCAAACACAGUGUGCUGCUCUAACAAUCUAAACAAUGUAAAAGGAGGAAUGGAGGUGUAGCGAUUACUGCGAUGGCCUGGGAGCGAGGACGACCUAGUUGCCCAGGUGCCUGGCUCUCCAUGUGGGUUCUCUCCAGGUACCUAAUUGGUGACUCCAAACAACCGUCUGUCUGUAUUAUCCAAAUCCAUGUCUGUAUUAUUCUUCAUUCAUUUUACUCAAAACAAAGACAUAAAAUCUCCAAAUAC